AUGGCUUCUUUGAUUAAACUCUUUUAAUAAUUAUUACUUAACAAAAUAAAUGGAGUUUACGUGACUCUACUGUCUCUCUUCACCAUUCUCCAAUCUCUCCCACAAGAACAAAGAUAAUGUGGAUUCACCAAAAAUUCAGAGGAAGGACACGACAAUGGUGAAUUCAUACGUUCCUCUUCGUUUCACCAUUUUCAUCUCCUUCUCCAUCGCAGCAGCUUCUUUCAAACUCGCCAGUUCCCAAUCUCCGUCUUCCUUGCCAAAAGCCACCGCCGGCGAUCUUCUCUCUGUUCUCGGACCAUCCUCCACCGCGUCUUGCCUCAACCCAAUCGUCUCUCGAGAAAUCAAAUCUUGUCUCAAAUUCCUCGUCCCUUUCAAAUCGGAUAAAUCUAAACCCGAAUUGGGACGAUGUUCGCUUCGCACUGGACUCUGUUCAGGAAAAAUUGACGCCGUUGAGAAGCUGAGUAAGUUUGAAGAGGAUAAUUCUCUAAUCUGGUGGCCACCGGAGUCGGUUCUAGAGCUAGCUCGUCUCGCUGUUGACUCCGGUGGUGAUCCCGGUUCAAUUCAGCGAACUCUCAAUCCCAAAAUGAUCCCGGUUCCUGAUGUUGAACGAUCAAGAAGAGAUAGAUGUCAACUUACAAGAAGUCCUUAUGGUCGUCAUUUUAUAGCAGAGGAAGUGAACUCAUAUUUCGAGUUCUUGUUUCAUCUAAUUGAAUCUAGGGGACCUAGUGUUGGAUUGAAUGUUUCGUUGACUCGAUAUGAUUUGUUUCAUGGUCAUUUAUUUCUUGCCUCAGAAUCUGGACGCCUUGGAAUAUUGUUUCAUGCUAAAGAGUAUCCAGCCUACGACAAGAAAGUGUUUCCUUACAACAUGGGAUAUUGCCAGAGAGGAUCUGACAUGAAAUACGAUGAUUCAAUGAACUUGAGGAAUAUCCUCUGGCUUGCACCAUUACCCAGCAACUCUUCUCCAGAUUGGCUUGCUCCAGGUGUACUUGUGGUGCUUGAUGCGCAUCCGGAUGGAGUCAUAUACCGAGAUCUCAUCCCUGACUAUGUCAAGUUUGUAAGAACAAUAUACGAAGAUGAUUUGGGAACAACCGCGGUUGAUGUCAAUUACUUGAAUGUCGGAACUCACGAACCUGACUAUCAGCUUUUCGUGUGCUGAAACCAGUUACAGAUUCACAAUCCCACAGUUGUCUGAUUGAAACUUUGAUUAAGAUCUAGUUAUUGGAGAUGGUCAGAGGUUCAAGAACGUUCGAGUUAGUUGAUAAUUUAGACAGGUUUCAAGUGUAUUGUGGGUUGCAAAUAGCUUUAACAAUCUCUCAGGUAAUUGUAUAAAGUGUCAGAGGGUUUAAACUUACUGGAAACGUUUAGGAUUAGAUUUGACAUAUCACUUGCCUUUGAUUCACACAGUUUGUGGUGGUGAUGUAAAUUAAUUAAUUUCCAGAGCUUCAAUAACAUAUUAAGGAUUAGUUAU